UUUGCGGCGACUCGUCUUCUAUAAAAACCCGUAAAACCUGUAAGCAUUUCUCUCAACCUCUCACGGCGGCGGACUAGACCGGAGCCAUUUCGCCGCCAAUGUUGUCAACGUCUCCUCUCCGACGUCUCUCUCCGGCCGUGCCUUCUUUACCUUCUUUCUCUCACCAGCGUCUCUAUAAUCUCAAACCCUCUCCUAUCCUCCCCUGUUUUCGCUCUUUUCCCAAACCCCUUCUUCGAGUUCGAGCCAUUGAUGCCGCUCAGCCUUAUGACUAUGAAUCCAGAAUGGCCUCCCGUUUUCAAAAAUCCCAAAAGCUGAAAAUUGCCAUCAUUGGGUUUGGUAAUUUCGGUCAAUUUCUCGCUAAGACUCUUGUUCUUCAAGGUCAUACCGUUUUGGCUCAUUCCCGAUCGGACUACUUUGAUGUGGCUCGUAAGCUCGGGGUUUCGUUUUUUCCCAACGCGGAUGACCUUGCUGAAAAACACCCAGAAGUUAUUUUGCUCUGUACAUCCAUAAUUUCGACUGAGAGUGUUCUAAGAUCGUUGCCAUUGCGGAGAUUGAAGAGGAAUACAUUGGUAGUGGACGUGCUUUCGGUUAAGGAGUUCCCGAAAAGCUUAAUGUUGGAGUUACUACCUGUGGAUUUUGAUAUAAUUUGUUCUCACCCGAUGUUUGGACCUGAAAGCGGUGCGAAUGGAUGGAAUGAUCUUUUCUUUGUUUAUGAGAAGGUUAGAAUUGGGUCGGAGGAAUCCAGAGUUUCUCGUUGUGAGAAAUUUUUGAGUAUUUUUGAGAAAGAGGGUUGCAAAAUGGUGGAGAUGAGCUGUGAGGACCAUGAUGUAUAUGCGGCUGAAUCGCAAUUCAUUACACAUACUGUUGGGAGAAUUUUGGGUGAGUUAAAGUUGGAAUCUACACCGAUUAAUACUAAAGGGUAUGAGACUAUAUUGAAUUUAGUGAAGAAUACUGUUGCAGAUAGCUUUGAUUUGUAUUACGGUUUGUUUGUGUAUAAUAAGAAUUCAUUAGAGAUGAUGAAGAAGUUGGGUUUGGCUUUUCAAGAAUUGAAUCAAGAGCUUUGUUCGCGGUUGCAUGAAGUGGUGAGGAAGCAAUUGUUUGAAAGUGCAGAGAAAUUGCGUACUCGGCCUGAAAUUCCUUCUCAGAAUGGAGCUUCUCUUGCAUUGACAACUUAUUCAGAGGCUACAAGGUUUCAAGACUUAUCUCCAACUAAUGACACCAAACCUUCAAAACCUGAGGAAAACUCAAAGCUCAAAAUUGCUAUUGUGGGAUUUGGUAACUUCGGUCAAUUUCUUUCUAAAACAAUGGUAAAGCAGGGCCACCAUGUGUUAGCCUACUCGAGAUCAGACUACUCAGAUGUGGCUAAGGAGUUGGGUGUUUCUUACUUCUCUGAUAUAGAUGAUUUAUGUGAAGAACAUCCAGAAGUAGUUCUUCUCUGCACUUCCAUUCUUUCAACAGAGAAAGUUCUCAGAUCCAUACCUUUUCAGAGAUUGAAGAGAAAUACUUUGUUUGUUGAUGUACUUUCUGUGAAAGAAGCUCCAAGAAAAUUGUUUCUUCAAAUUUUACCCCAAGAGUUUGACAUCCUCUGCACCCAUCCCAUGUUUGGGCCAGAGAGUGGUAAGAAUGGAUGGAACGAUCUUUCCUUUGUUUAUGAUAAGGUUCGAGUAGGAAAUGAGGAGUCAAGAGCAUACCGUUGCAAUUGCUUUCUCGAUAUAUUUUCGAGUGAAGGGUGUCGAAUGGUGGAAAUGUCGUGCUAUGAUCACGACCGACAUGCUGCAGGGUCACAGUUCAUUACUCAUACAGUGGGGAGGGUUUUAGAAAAGAUGAAUUUGAGCUCUACACCAGUCAACACCCAAGGUUAUAAUACCGUGUUAGAUUUGGUGUCAAAUACUUCUGGAGAUAGCUUUGAUCUUUACUAUGGUCUGUUUCUGUACAAUGCAAAUGCCAUGGAACAACUUGAUAGAUUGUUCCUAGCUUUUGAAGCAGUGAACAAGCUGCUCUUUGGGCGUUUACACGAUGUUCUCCGGAAGCAACUUUUCGAGAAUAAGCAAGGCAACAUAAAUGCUCAAGAAGAUCCCAUGAUGAAGCCAUAUCAGAACAGCACUGCUCUUUUAACCUUACCUGAUUCUCGUGAACUUCAUUAGGAGUUCAUCUUUCACGUCAUUUCUUACUUGUAUGCUGCUUGUAUACAUGUCAUGUUCUGAAUCAACCAUGUUGAAAGCGUGAUUGGUGUCAAAAACUUCUCCUACCAUGCCUGUACUAGAUUCUCAUCCUCAGUCUCGUCGACUCGUAAAUGAAGAUACGGUUUCCAAGGAUGCAACCAAAAUUCCACUACUGAUGUGAAUUGAUAUAAAACUGCUGUGAGUAAUUCAGGUGCAAUGUAAGAAGUUUUAGGAAAACUAGACUAGUCUUUGCUAGGAUAUGGAACAAGUUGAAGUAGAAGGAUUUAUAGGAAUAAAUUCUGGGUUUGAACUUUGAAUUGGAAGAUCUUGAGUCCUUGCUUCCUCCUUAUGGUCCUCAGUAAAAUAGAAAUUCAUGUUGUUUCAAGCAA